AUGAUGUCAACAUCGGCACUUAAUGCUCGAGUGACUAGUGGCAACUCUUCUUCUACUAGUAUUGAGGUUGUUCUUAGUGACUGCACUCAACGUCAGGAAUUAGCACAACGGCGAUGGAAUUUCUUGCGUAUACACAUUCGCACUACUCGCCGAUUAGCGCUCAAAUAUGCGGACCGCUUCUCGGUAGCUCAACAAUUACUAGUGGAAGCGUGUGUGGACUGCAUUUGCCACGAUUCCCGUCCGCUUGACAUGUUGCACGUAGUUUGGAAUCAAUUUCGAUUGCUACUGGACGCUGAGUACUGUGUACUAAGUUUUGAGCUGUUGCCAGCGACGUCUAUCGCCAAUGGCUCACAUUCCGUCUUGGAGUUUGACGGACGAGUCAUUCGACGUAUGCUAGAACAGGUUCUUGGUAUGACUAGUGCAAGACAGAAGGUUCGUGGUGCAAUGCAUUGUCCAGUCUUUUUUCCAACCGCGAAAGCAUGUGCUGAAGCUCACGUGGAACCUCCAAAUGGCUGCAAUCACGUUCAGUCCUAUCUGUGCAUGCCCCUCGUUGACUGCAGCGAGCGUGUUCGAGCAGUAGUCGAAGUCUUUAACUCGCGGCACGAUGUCAGGGACAUUACUGCAUGGAUUGGAAAACCUGACUCGGAAUACUCGCAAACGUUUUGCUUGCUCUUAUCAACUAGCGAACCGCUUCGGUUCUUUUGUGGCUUUGUGGGGACGCUGUUGCGAACUACUUCGCCGAUCAAAGCUUUAGUGAGCAAUGUUAAUAAUGGUGGCAUUGUGGACCCUAUCUCAUGCAGGUAUCGUCGCUCGGGCGAUCGAACGAGCGUGUCAGAGAGAGCCCCAUUGCAGUUGUUGGACUUUUUGGAGCGAGCUCUUGGUGUCGACGGGUGGACAGUAUAUGCGCAUGACCGUGAAGCUAAUACUUUGUGGGCCUGCCUUGCUAGUGCUAGGCUCGAGACAAACAUGGCGACUGUCGUGAUGGGUCAAGGCGUCAUUGGGCGGGCGGCGUCGACUGCAGAACCUUUGUUUGAUGGUAGUGUUCUGUGCGUCCCAGUAUUUGAUCAAAGUCAUCAAGUCGAUAGUGUCGUUGUAUUCUACGGGUCACAAGGGACAAAGCAAGAUAACGGCGGAACCUUUAGACAGUGCGAUGUGGAACUAUGCAAUAUUGUCUGCGGUCACGUUGGAAGCUCGUUACAGCGCCAAGCACUUGAAGAUGCGGCAAAAAAGGCGCAAGACAAAGCGCAAGCUUUGCUGGAGCUUUCCGAUCUACUGUUUUGUGAACUUGAGCUAUCUCCUAAAUCAACGGCGAUGAUUCUGACAGUGGCGCGGGCAAUUGUUAAGAAGUUGUGGUUUCAUGUUGCGGAGUGUAACGUGUAUUUGAGAGAUCCGCUAAUUUGCGAGCUUUACUCACCAGGCAAUGCAACUCAAGGUGAUCUCCGUGUUCGUCUAUCUCAGGCUAGUAAAUGUGCUAUGGUUGCAGCACGUACUGGCAACGUGGUGAAUGUACGAGAUGCAACAGCGGAUUCAUUUUCGCACGAGCACCACUCGAAAACAGUUUUAGCCGUGCCCGUUAAGGAUCCGAUUACUGGAGCUGUGCUAGCAGUGCUGGAAUUACGAGACAAGCAUCUGAUCAGCUCACAAGAAGAUUCACAAGCUGCAUCAGCAGCUACCAGUUUCUGCAAACACUACUUUGAUCAUAACGACGAAGACCUCGCAAGAGGAAUGGCGCGUCAGGUCGCAUCUGCAUUGCGGAAUACCCAGCGUCUCGAUGCAGCACGAACAGCUCAGAGAAAAAGCGCUGCUUUGCUCUCUCUGCGCCUUCCUGCGUAUACUGGAAAUAUGCCCGGAGAACAGGCUGGAGCAGUGUUUUCUUUCGUUGAGGCAGCAGCAUGCCGAGCUUUGGAGGCUUCGCAUGGUGCUCUUUUUCUUGUUGAUGCACCAAGCCGUUCACUGUUUGCCCGUGUGGGUGCUGACUGGCGAGGUUAUGCGCUAUCAAUCGGUCAGAAGUUACAAGGUCGUGUUGCUUCCACUGGGACAGUCAUGCGUCUCCGUGAGGCUCGUACCCAUCCAGAGUUUGACAGUGAUUAUGAUCGCUUGAUGGGUAUGCAGACAUCAAGUUUAUUGUGCGUUCCAAUCAAGGCACAGCCGUCAAUGUCCUCAUUUGUCUCCUCAGGAGCUUCUGGCCGAUCUGAGCGCCGUUGCAGCAGCUUCAGUACGAGCAGCAGCACGGACGAUGACAGCGAUGAUCGGCCAGUUAUUGGCGUGUUUUAUGCUGUUAACAAGAUCAACACUAGCGGUGACACUGAGGGCUUUGAUGCGGAAGACGAGCAAGUUCUGCGAGCAAUUUGUGUUGAACUCUCUGCUCUCGUAGAGCGCCGUGCUUGGGAGCUUGCGUUUGAGUCUCCUUCGUACGAGGACAGUGAAAGCAGUGACAGUGAAACGGAGGGUCACGUGACGCGGACGUUCUUGUCGCAAUAUACCACAGCAUCACCUGUGCGGCGUCGACGACGACCUCGUUCACGUCUUCCAUCUGUCGUCAACGAUCUCGAUCAUGCUGCAGCAGUUGUCGCUUCCACAUCGUAUCACGAGCGCUGCUUCUUGAGUAGCAAAGGCGGAUGUGGGAUGUUAUCUUCGCUUCAAGGUGGCAUUGGCCUUGCCACCAGACAAGGAAUUCAAGGCCCAGUUUUACAAUGGAAUUUGGACCCGUGGCAGUUUUCACCGGCACAGCUUGUUGACCUUGCCGUGGAUAUGUUCGAGCUUCAUGAAUUGAUGGACAGGUUUGAUUUGCCUGAGGCCACUUUGCGUCGCUUCCUGCACAGCGUACAAGCCCAAUACCUCGAUGUACCGUAUCACAACACGUACCAUGCCUUCGCGACACUCCACAUGACGUUCUUGAUGCUCAGUGCACAAAGCAAAAAGCUUGCUCCGUAUCUGAUUCCUGCGUCAAUUGCACUGGGAGUUGGCCCGACAACGAAUGCUCAAGCCGUUGAAAGAAGCCGACAGAAGCGGUGUGGUCAACUGGUUCUCGCUCCGCGCGAGCGACUUGCACUUUUUGUGGCAGCUUUUUGCCACGACAUGGGCCACGAUGCCCGCACGAACGACUUUCACGUGAGAUGCAACUCGCGACUUGCUCGUCGUUACAAUGAUCAUUCAGUUUUGGAGAACAUGCACGCAGCUGCAUGCUUCGAGACCAUGCGAAGGCCCGGCCAUGAUAUUCUUGCUGGUCUUGAGGAUAGCUCGAGUGAUACUGUUGGCAGCCGUCGCGUUGUCCACAAGCGUAUCAUCCGUUCCAUUCUUGCCACGGAUAUGCACCGGCACGCGAGUAUCGUGGCCAAGCUGCAUGAAGCACAAGUUCGUGGAAGCCGUAAUGACGGUGACGCGUUGUGUGAGCUGCUCGUGGACGCUGUGAUUCAUUCGGCAGAUGUAUCUGGUCCAACUCAAACUUGUGAGCAGCAUUUCCGCUGGACAAGGAGGCUGCUUGACGAGUUCAACGAGCAACAUGCUGAAGAGGUUGAAUUGGGCAUUUCUGCGACAGCUUUCAUGGAUGGUCGACCGGACUCGGCCGAAUUUGCAAGGGUAAAUUUGGCUUUCGUUGACUCAUGUGCGUUCCCUCUGUGGCGAGCAAUGGGAGGAAUGUUAGCCGGAUUGGAAGGUUGUCUUGCAAAUGUGGAGCGAAAUCGUGCGAUGUGGGCUACUAGGUUGGAACAAGCAACACAGUUAGAAGCUAACGAACGUACCGACAAGGUUCCAGCCACACCUUUCACCCCCACGAAAGAGACGGUCCCUGAGAGGCUAAACAUUGCCAUUGUAAGUGUCAGCACGCCGGAAACAUGCGGCUAA